AUGGCAACGAUCCAAAUCAUUUCCGAUCUUCACUUGGAAGAACACGAGGACUACGACCGUUUCAAAAUUGAGCCAAGGACAAAAUAUCUCGCAUUACUAGGCGACAUUGGCAACGUCGACCUGCAACGGAACAAAUGCCUCGGGUUUCUGCGCGAGCAACUCUGCAAGUUCCGCAUUGUCUUCUUUGUUCCCGGAGUCGAAGAAGUAUACGGCUCAAGCUGGGGGAAGGUUACUGAGAUCCUCGAGGAAUUUGAACAGCAAACCAGACAAGACGGCACCCUCUUUGGCGAAUUCGUCUUGUUGAACAAGAGAGCGUUCCAGAUUCCGAAAACAAGUACAUUCAUCCUGGGUUGCAGUUUAUUCUCCAGCGUCCAGUAUAGGAGCGAUGGUCAUCCGAGGGAGGGCUUGAAUCAACCUUCGAGAAUCAAGUACUGGAACACCAGUGACCAUCAUAGGGCGCAUGUGAGCGACCUGGAGUGGCUCAAUGAGAUGGUGGCCUCGGUGGCGGAAGAGUCGGGCCACGAUUCUGGGUUCAAGAUUGCAAUCUUUACUCACUGGAGCCCAUCGAGGGACGAGAGGGCGGUUGAUCAGCUGUUUGAGGACGAGUCGUAUAAGUGCGGGUUCUCGACGGACUUGUCCCAGGAGGAGUGUUAUUUGAACAGAGGCGUGGUCUUGUGGGCGUUUGGCCAUACGCACUACAACUGCGACUUUUUCGCAGACAGGAGGCCAGAUGCGCUCGGAGUCGUGCCGCCGAUUCGCAUUUUGACAAAUCAGCGAGGAUACAGUGUCGAACCGGCCGUGGGGUUCGACGGGGACAAGACGGUUGAGAUCUGA